UGAGGCAUCUCAGAGGAGGUGGAGGGAACAAAAGUUGUAGUGCAGCAAGCUGCAUUAGUACGACCCGCUCUUUGCUCGAAGACGCAGUGGAGGCCGUAGCAGCGUUGGAAGAGCAAGAAAAGAAAAAGUCCAUGUUGGAGGAAUUAGAUCGGUUGUAUCACAAGGAAAAAUCCCCCCUCCCCAUAUCAAAAGGAAGUUUCUGAUGCUGGAUUUGCGUAUACAAAUCAGGUUUGUCUUGCAGUAGAGGAAAGCAGGCUCCUGCUAAGCCUGAGUAGAGAGCUUUUGCCCUAGGCGCUUAGCAUGAGACACGUCUAUGCUGUAGGCCCAACAGCAUCACAAGCCGCCUGCAUAAUGCGGCAGAGCCUGUGGAGUUGUCUUCUUGCAAGACAGACGUGAUUUGUGGUCUCAAAUCAGCAAGACAAAUUUUCGGAAACAUACCUGUUCGAUAUGGGGAGGGGGGAUUUUUCCUCUCAAUAGGUUGCGACAGGAAAGAUCGAAGCUUUUUAUCGCCACCUGGGAGAAGCUCGUCGCGAAGCAAUUUGUGAAGGACAGUGCGAAACGACUGCGAAGUGCCAAACUGUUCCGCGUCCGGUGGGAAAAACUGGCGCUCCAGCUUUUGGCAAGGGACGUGCGCCGGCAAUUGGGUAUGAUCCGGAAGAUGCAAGUCGGGG